CGAGUCUCUUGCGCUUCGAAUAAAGAAUCAAGCUCCGGCAGGUGGCCCAAUUGGCCUUCUUACGGCCACUUGGCUAACCAUCCUCAUUGUCUCCCAAUACCCCCAACUGCAGACGUUGAUCUGCUGAAUAACAAAAUGGCGUCCGCAAACGCUCUGCGGAGCCUCGUCCGGCCUUCGAUCCCCGUCUCGCGUCGAAUCUACCCCAUCGUGCUCGCCGGUGCUUCGUUCUCAACCGGCUCUACGCUUUCCGCCGCGGCCCCGCCACCGAUCAAAAACCGGCGGGAUUUGCCCAAGAAGACGAAGAAGACGUACAAGAAAAAUGCCAACAUCGUGGCCGUCAAAAAGCCCAAUCCCGGCGAGCGCAGGGCGUUUCGGAAGCGGAUCCAGCUCAGCAACAAUAGUGCCUUGCCCGUGCAAGGACUUGACGAGCUGAGCGCAGAGACCAUGGUAGAAGACGCGAGCAAAGGCAAGAUAUUUGCCAUACCAGAUCAGGUGGUAGACCAGCUGAGAACGCUUGAAGCGUUCAAAACAACGCAGACAUGGAAUUUAUUUCGGCGCCCUCAUUUCUUGGUGCGCCAGGAGACGGUUGAGUUGAUGAGCAGAUUGCGAGACUCGAAAACGAACAAGGAGGCGCUCAAGUGCGUUCUGACCGGGAGUCGACUAUCGGGCAAGAGCAUGGCCAUACUGCAGGCCAUGUCCCACGCCCUCUUAGAUGGCUGGGUGGUCAUUCACAUUCCAGAAGGCCAAGAUCUCACGAACGGCAAUACCGAAUAUUCUCCUAUCGCGGACACGACUGACCCGAUGCAGUUCGCACAACCGGUAUACUGUUUCAAACUUCUGCAGAACAUCUACAAGGCCAACAAGCCCGUCCUUGAGCAGUUUCAGCUGCAAAAGGAUUGGUCGAAAUUGACCAACCUGAAGCGAGGUGCGACACUUGCCGAUCUCGCUCUCAGCGCCAAGGAGAGCGAGUACGCCUGGCCCACCAUUCACGCGCUGUGGACGGAGUUGACCUUGCCCGGCCGGCCCCCUGUUCUGUUCACACUCGACGGGCUUGCACAUAUCAACAAAAUUAGCGACUAUCGUGAUCCAUCGUUUAACGAGGUUCACGCUCAUGACCUGGUGCUUGUGCGGAUGUUCGUCGAUGCACUGUCAGGCAAGACGGAGCUUCCCAACGGUGGAGCCAUUAUUGCAGCCACGUCUGAAAACAACUCCCAACACCAUCCAUCGCAGGAACUUGUUCUGUCUCAAUUGGAGGCUGGGCAAGCCAGCAAGGAAAUACCCAAGCCCAACCCUUACGAGCGGAAGUAUGAUGAGCGGGUGUAUGACGCCUUGAAAAACAGCUUUGUCAUGCGGCUCGAGGGUGUUUCGAAAGAGGAAGCUAGAGCACUCAUGGAGUACUGGGGGGCGAGUGGUCUGGUGCGAGACGUGCUCAACGCGCGGACUGUCUCCCAGAAAUGGGCCUUGGGCGGUCACGGCAACGUUGGCGAGAUGGAAAGGGUGGCGCUCAUGACAAUGCGCAUGUAAACUUACUGUAGAGCCUGUAUCACUAUCGUGUACCACGUGUAUGGAGAAUGGGACACAUGUAACUGCUUCCUAUGCCCAACCUCGUCUGGUGAGCAGACAGAAAGCGAAUCGUACCGUUAUCAAAAUGGUAGCAGUGACGAAGAACAUGGUAGCAUUGGACUCUCCCGUGGCAAAUAUGACCUAAACAAACACCCCGUUGCCUGAG